AUGGAAAGUGCUUUUAAAGAAGAACAUCAUUCUGUUCAAAAUGAAGAUAAUAAUAAUGAUAGUGUUAUUGAAAUUGUAAAUGUAUCAUCUCCUUCAGUAGUGGUAGAUGUUGAUAAUACAUCAAAUUCUAUUAGAAUCGAUGAGAAAAAUAAUGUUUCCGAGUCAGAUACAGAUUCAGAUUCGGAUUCAGAUUCUGUAUUCGUAGUGAAAAGCAAAGAAAAUAAUCAGUCUGAAGUAGUGACAAGCAAAAGUGUACAAAAUGAAAAUAAAAAAUUAAAAAGUACUGAAAAUGAAGGUUGCACUCAAGAAAGUUCAAAUUCAUCAACUCAACCAGCUAAUUCCUCGACGAAAAGAUCUUAUGAUGAUAUGUCUUAUGAUAAAGAUGAUAGCGAUCAAAUGUGUCCUAUUUGUUUAGAAAUGUGGACUAGCGAUGGUGAACAUAGAUUGUGUUCGCUUAAAUGUGGUCAUUUGUUUGGUAAAUCAUGUAUAUUCAAUUGGUUGGUAAAGCAAAAAAAACAUUUUUGUCCUCAGUGUAAUAAAAGUGCAAAUUCAAGAGAUAUUAGAGAAUUAUUUGCUACCAAAUUAAUAGCUUUAGAUUAUAGUCUGAAAAUGCAAUUAGAAAGAAGAAUAGAAAUGGUUAAAGAAGAAAAAAGACAAGUAGAAAUAGAAUUGGAAAAAUGUAGGUUAUAUACUGAAAAUUACAAGCAAGAAUUAAGCAAAUUACAAAAUGAAUUGGCUAAAAUAACUGGGAAGACUGAAAAUAUCGUUUCAAACAAGGCUUUUAAAUUCAAGUUAGAAAAAACCAUAAAAAUCCUUAACGGAUGUUGUAGAGUUUGUGUAUAUAAUCAAUCUUGUGAAGCACUCAUCGUGGGCCACCAGAGCAACAAUCCUUUAUUUCCAGGUUUUGGAGUUAAGAAAAUAUUAAAUAUAGGUUCUGAUUAUGUAGGAAAUAAUUUUAUGCUCCUCCAUACUAAAACAAUCAGAGAUAUAAAAUUUCAUCCGAUAUCAUCAAAUUUGAUUCUAUCUGUAGGUUUUGACAAAUGUGCCAAAAUAAGCGACUUGCAGAUAAAAAGUGUCAUCCAUACCUUUGUCGCAGACUAUGCUCUUUGGAGUUGUUGUUGGGACGAAGAAGAUUCAAAUUUUAUUUAUGUAGGUACAGGAAAGGGAACUGUUCUUUUAUAUGACAUACGUUCUCCGAACGCUCCAAUAACGGAUCUCAAACUUACUGGGGAUACAAGUUCGGUUGUUUCACUUUGUUACAUUUCUCCCAAAUCUUCGAACGUUUCACGUGGAGGUGUAUUGUGUUGCAGAUUGAAUUCCGUAGUGUUCUACCAAAAAAAUACCGGACACGAAUAUAAUUUAAUUAGAUUUCACACAUUGACCGGACCAUUUUUUUCAUUAAUUCACGAUCCGACGACAAAUCAUAUUUUAGUUUCGUGUAGGCCAUCAUCAUCAAUAUCACACGUAAGACAUUUAUAUUGUCAAUUAAAUGGAGAACAAUGUUUACCCAUUCACGUAUUCAUCGGUGGAACCGUUCAAAGCAUGCUUUCGAGGCCAUGUUUUUUUAAAUUAAACGAUCAGUCGUUAAUUGCAGUUUUUCAGCAAAGUAAUAAUUCGAUUGAAUUGUGGAAUGCAUCGACGGGAUCAAAAGUUUCGAUAUUUCAAGUUAACGAAGAAAUUUACGAUGUAACAUCAAUAACUUCCGGUGAAAGAAUAUUCAUAGUAACCGUUGGAAGUAGCAGUAUUAAGUUUUACGAAUUAUUAUAA